AAUAAAUAAUGUGUUCAAUAUUUCAAAACGCCAGAUUUUAGAAUUAUUUUUUUGUUACCUUUAGACAAAAAAAGAUCUAAGUACAAUAAGGAUAUUUUCCAGACUGAACACUGACUCCGUAGAAUUCUUAACUUCCGGUAACACUCUCUGGGAUGGUAUCGUGUGGUUAUAGUUUGUCCUAAACAAGCGUCGACCGAGUUGAAUACAGUUGCGAAAAAAAUGGCAGAAGACAUUCAAGAAAAUCUCAAGACAUACAAACUACAACUUCAACAAGUAGAGGCCUCCUUGACUACUGAUGCAGAAAAUGAAGACUUACUCAAAUUGAAGAAAGACUUGCAAGAAGUGAUAGACCUGACAACAGAGCUGAUAGUUGGCAAACUAACAGCAGCAGCUGAUGGGGAUGAAGGCCAUCAUGAUGGUGUUGGUGAGGGAGAACCUACUGUGUCAGAACACAGCUGGAGUGUGGGGACAAGUGCUCAGCACAUUCAGGAUGCCAGGUACUAUGAGGCCUUGAUUGAUGAGAUCCUGGAUGACGGGACAUGCACUAUCACGUUUGAUGACUAUGGGAACACAGACGUUACACAAAUAUCUUCACUGAAGCCAGCUGAUCCAAGUCAGUCACUGGACAGACAGACAGACAACAAGCCAAAGUCAAAGAAAGAUUUAGCAGUACAACAGAGGGAAUAUAAGAGGAAGAAAGCUCAGAAGAAAGCCCUGCGAAUGAAGAUGUUAGAGGAAGAACGUGAGCAAGAGAAGAGCAAGUGGCAGUCAUUCAAUGCCAAGACAUUUUCCAAGACAAACAAAGGUCGUGUCAAGAAGAGCAUAUUUGCAACCCCUGAUGGGGACAAGGGCAAGGUUGGGGUCGGAACAUGUGGAGUAGGGGGCAAACCUAUGACAGCAUAUCAACACCAGGAAAAAUGGAAGAAAUGACACCCUUUCGGAUAUUAACGGAACUUUUGUCUGGUCUCACAAUCCAUGGAGAAAAGGAAUUCUGGACACUGAUGACUGUUCAGUUAUGACUGUAAGCCAUGAAACUGUUCAUUAUUCAGUGAGACAUUUAUGAGACAUGAGACAUCUUCAGUAGCAAACAGACUGUGACAACUGAGGAUCUCCACUGAUACAGGACUAUUGUACACAAGGCAUCCACUGUCCUGGUAGUGUGUUGUAGUGUUGUGACCCUGAGUGUUUCGACCUACUGAGGAACCAGAUCCAAGUGAUGCACUAAUCAUAUGUGUGUACAGUCAUCUUCUUAUGCUAGACACAGAUCAUUUCACAGGGUUAAUAUCACUUAAAAUGAACUGAAAUAAAUUGAUUUUUAUACA